GGUUUGAAUAUAUUAUCGAUAGCGUGAAUAAAAAUGUCAAAAUUUGGAUUAAAGACGUUUGCAAUUUAUUUGUUGAUUAUUGGAUUUUUUGUGAAUUUCUUGAAAACGUCAGAAGUGAAGGUACCCGCGCGAUCGAAGUCGGAUAUUGAUACUGAAUUUGAGGGUAGCGGUACGUCGGAGGUUCUUAAUUUUGGACGCAAGAGGAAACAUCGGAUUAUUGAUCGUCAAUCCUGGGAUAAUCCGAGUGAAGUGUUACAGAGUAAAAUUAAUGUUCUCUCGCGAUUACUAAGAAUUCACGUGGAUCAUUUGCGUGAAGCUGAUCAGGUUGAACUGGUCUUUCUUGUCGAUGCCUCUGCAUCUGUCGGUCUUGAUAACUUUCGAAGCGAGUUAAAUUUCGUGAAGAAGUUACUGUCGGACUUCACUGUGGCGCCGGCUGCCACCCAAGUAGCAGUGAUUACUUUUGCCGGCAAGACAAGUAUCUUUCGCAAUGUUGAUCAAAUAUCACGUACCGGACAGAGUAAUCAAAAAUGCCAGCUGCUCAACAAGCAGCUGGGCAAUAUCACUUACAGUGGCGGAGGAACGUAUACGCGUGGAGCUCUAUUGCAAGCACUUUCAAUUCUUGAGAAGAGUCGAGGAGGAGCAAAAAAAGCAGUUUUUUUAAUAACCGAUGGCUUUAGUAACGGAGGUGAUCCUCGUCCUGUUGCUAAUCUGUUAAAAAAUAUUGGAGCGACUGUUUUGACUUUUGGAAUUCGUACCGGUAAUAUCGAAGAGCUUCACGAUAUUGCAAGUGAACCUGGACAUACUCACAGUUACCUGCUUGACAGUUUUCCUGAAUUUGAAGCUUUGGCUCGUCGAGCUCUACAUCGUGAUUUGAAAGCUGGUCAAUAUGUACCAGUAGGAUUUCCAGGAGACUGUGACUCGCUAUGCUUGGACGAAAGUAAAGAAAAUAGUAGCAGAGGAUGCUGUGAUGAUCUUGCAACAUGUACCUGCGGUACAGCAACAGGUCACUAUGCGUGUCUCUGUCCUCAGGGAUAUUUUGGAUCAGGACUACGUGGUUCUUGCCAACCAUGCCCGAACAAGACUUAUGGCGUUGGAGAUGCGCCCGGUGACGCCAUGUCAAUUUGUAUAUCCUGUCCGGAUGUGAAUCAUAUAACCAUCAAGGUACCAGCUACGUCACCUGAUGACUGCGUCUGCCCGUCGGGUUUCAUAACAAAUGGAGACAAAUGCGAAGCAAUAACAUGUCCAAAGCUAAAGGUCCCGGAAAAUGGAUAUUUGGUCAAAGCUAAUGCAUGCAACAACGUCAUCAAUGCAGCAUGCGGAGUUAGAUGCAAAAUUGGCUUUUACCUUACUGGAGACAGUAUUAGACUAUGUCGUAAAAGUGGAGUUUGGUCAGGAACCGAACCCCAAUGUCUUUUAAAAACCUGUCCCGCCAUGGAAGCACCACCACAUGGUCGAAUUCGAUGCAACCACGAGGAUAGUGAUCAGUAUGAAAUAAGACCCGAUCUUGCAGCUUUUCCCAUAGAUACAAGCUGCCAAUUUAAGUGCGACAUUGGCUACCAAAUUCGUGGAAGCCGUGUACGUAACUGUUUGCCAUUAUCCAGAUGGGAUGGUCUCAAAGUGACAUGCAAACCCAUAAAGUGCCUACCCUUGAAACAUGUGGCUAAUGGGGAAAUUCGUCCUAAAAUAUGCACUGGUACUAAUAAACUGCCAUUUGCAACAAAUUGUACAAUCAUCUGUAAGGAAGGAUUCGUCCUGGAAGGUCCACGAAGUAGGUUUUGUGCAGGACGUACAGGAACCUGGUCCCAGAGACAUAACAUCAACGAGUGUGUGGAUGAUACGCCACCAGUGAUUACUUGUCCUUUGAAUAUAAGCCUGGAAACAUUACCGGGUAAAAAAUAUGCUCUAGUAAAUUGGACCAAGCCGAUUGCUACUGAUAACUCGGAUACUAAGCCUAAUGUUUGGAGCAAACCUCAUAUUAAAUUUCCUUGGAAGGCUCGUUUGAAUUCUCAUACGAUUACAUACGUAGCGCAGGAUGCCAGCAAGAAUAAAGCUAUAUGUAAAUUUACUGUGAACGUUGUCGACAGGGAACCACCAACCGUUGAAAAUUGUAUUGAUCCACCAAUUUUCUUAGCUGAGAGUACUACGGGUGCUAUAAAUAUCACUUGGACGGAACCAGUAUUUCAUGAUAAUUCUGACAUUCCCGUACGCGUGGAGAGAAGUCAUAAUCCCGAUGAAAAUGUAUUCCCACUGGGUUUAACUAAUGUCGUUUACAAUGCUACGGAUAAGUCCGGUAACACGAGAAGCUGCGUCCUCAACGUUACUGUUGAAGAUAUUUGCCAGGAUUAUCCAAAACCAUUACAUGGAAAUGCAGAAUGUUCAUCGGUUGAAGCUCAAGGUGUUCAAUGUAUAGUAACGUGUAGCGAAGGAUAUGCAUUCGCGUUUAGUCCAUCAAAUUCUGUACAAACCGACCAAGGUCUUUUAGUAACGUGCAAUCGUUAUACGUACUUGUGGAAUAAUUCAUAUUUUCCUGAUUGUUCUGUUGCUCAAGUACCAAAUGUCAUUGCCCAAGAUGGCAGCAUGAUCUUGGAGGGAGAAGCGACUGAUGCUUGUGAAAAUUCGACAAUACUUCAUCAAUUGGGUGACCGAAUAAAUGAUGACUUGGAGACCAAUCUGAUUGGCAUCUGCGAAAAUGAAAUAGAAUGCAGUUUAUCAAGAUCCGAUCCAGUCUGUGAAGAGAAUUUGAUUUCUAAGGAAGACGUGAAUUUGAAUUUGAUUCGAAGAAGAAGAUUUACUGGUAAGGAGAAUAUUUCUAUCAGAAGGAAGAGAAUCGCCUCGAAGAAUAAAGGUCGGGAUAAGACGAGGAACAAAAAAAAGAGAAAUAAAAUAGAGUUAAAGUUUAAAGUAAUUGGAAAGAUAAUAGAGGAGCAUCGAUAUGAUCCCAAGCAGGGAAUAACGAAGUUACGUGAAAAGGUCCAAUCGAUGACAAAAUCAGGACAACUGAAUUUAUUGAAUAAUAAAACAAAUCAGGAAAUUGCAAAGCUUGCAUUGAAUCUUCAUACGGUGUUUCGUGAACCGCAAGAACUUUGUGACACAGGAAGCGUAUUGAAGAAGCACAGUUGUGUUAAGUGUCCAAGUGGAACCUUUCACAAUUUAACUAAAGGCCAAUGUCAAUCCUGUCCAUUUGGAACGUAUGAAAAUUCUACAGGAUCUUCCAAAUGUCAAAAGUGUCCUGAACACACAUUGACCAGAAAAAUGCAUGGGAAAUCCAUAGCGGACUGCAUACCGAUAUGUCGACCUGGUCAUUAUUCUCAUCGUAAACGUGAUCACAGAUUGGCAUUAGCUCUGGAGCCAUGCUUCACAUGUGAUAUUGGUUAUUACCAACCAGAAUAUGGAAAAAAUCAAUGUACAGCCUGUCCAGAAAAUACGUCGACCAAAGGUCGAGCUUCCACGAGGAUUGACGAUUGUCUCGAUACGUAUGAGAUAGAUAAUGAUGUUUGUCAUAAAAAUCCAUGCUUCAAUGGUGGAACAUGUGUGAAGGAAACGGACGGAUAUAGCUGCGAGUGCCCUGGUCUCUAUGUAGGUUCCAGAUGCGAUAAAUUGCAAAAUGCUUGCGACUCCUCACCAUGUUUAAACGAAGGACAAUGUCAUUUCCAUAAUGACGCCAAUGCAGCGUACACUUGUACUUGCAAGUCGAGCUAUACAGGAAAGGACUGCGAGAUUUACGUAGAUGAAUGCGCAGUUAAUCCCUGUCAAAAUGGCGGUACGUGUAUCAGCACCGAAAAAGAUUUUUCAUGCGUUUGCAAAGACGGAUUUGAAGGUGAUAAUUGCGAAAUAUCCCAAAACCAUUGCGCCUCAUCACCAUGCCAAGAAGGUUCGACGUGUCUCAAUAAAAAUGGAACCUGGCAUUGUAUUUGUAGCUCUGGAUUUUUGGGACAACGUUGCAAUCUUUUACCCUGCGAUUGGUUCCCCUGCCAUCCUCAUUCGAGUUGUGUCAAUGUCGAAGAUGAACACGCUACUAGAAAAAGUUUCAGGUGCGAGUGCCCAGAUGGAUAUACAGGUGAAAAUUGCAUGACAAAAAUAGAUCCUUGCAAAGAUGCACCUUGUUUAAAUGAUGGUACGUGUAAAAUUGGUCCAUCGCUGUCUAAUUAUACCUGCGUAUGUUCAGCCUGGUACAGCGGUCGAAAUUGUGAAACUAAAUUGUCAUCCGAUUACGUGAUGCAUUUCACUAAAUCCGGAACGACCGACUAUGUAAUGAUAAAAGCUCCAGGGAAAGAUCUCACAGAGUUAACCGCUUGUCUCUGGUUACAAUCUGUUGAUACUUUCAAUUACGGAACAGUCUUAUCAUACGCAACGAAAGAACAUGACAAUGCUUUUACCUUAACGGAUUACAACGGAUUCGUCUUAUAUGUAAACGGCGAAAGGAUUGUAACGGACAUCACAGCAAACGACGGAUACUGGCAUUUCCUUUGUAUAACCUGGGAAAGUCAAAACGGUUCCUGGACUGUUUUUGUCGAUGACGAUAUAAAAGACAACGGUACUUUAUUCGCCAAUGGGAGCGUGAUUCAAGGUAACGGAGUUCUCGUAAUUGGACAAGAACAAGAUCGAAUUGGAGGAGGUUUUUCCGAGUCCGAAUCUUUCUUGGGAAAAUUAAGUUUAUUCGACGUUUGGGACAAAGUCCUGAGUAUAGACGAUAUUAAGAACUUGAGUACUCUCUGCGAACCGUACCACGGGUCUCUAUUUUCCUGGGCUAGAAUGCAGGAGCAUAUUCAUGGCGAUAUUGCGAUAGUCAACAGUACCUUUUGUCGUGGCUGUCCCUCGCCUGUCGUACCGUUUCGUGGUAAUGUCAAUGUUAAUGAGGAUGGUUCUGAGGUAACAUACCACUGUGAAACAGGAUAUCUUGUACUGUUUGGAGGGGCUGAACAGAAAUCAUUAACAAGAAAGUGUCUGAAGCAAGGACAAUGGAACGGAUAUUAUACACCCAAUUGUACAAGAAUCAAGUGCGGAUUUCCUGGUUAUUUCCCAAGAGGUAAACUACGUGGUAGAUCAUACAUGUACGGAGAUAAAAUUCAGUACAUGUGUAACAAUGGAUAUGAACUGCAUGGAAAUCCAACUAGAUUCUGUAAUGCAGAUGGUUCGUGGAGCGGAACGCAGCCAUUGUGCAUGGGAAUGACGUGUAAGAAUUUAUUCGCUCCUGAAAAUGGCAUUAUCGAAUAUAUUGUCGAUGAACAUGACAGAGAGGAUACCAGUAUUUUGCAGGUUGGACAACAACUUGAGUUCAAGUGCAAUCCAGGAUUUAGAUUAAUGGGGGAACAAAUUUUAAGCUGUCUUGAAAAGGGUGUGUGGGAUUACAAGCCACCUACUUGUACGCCAUUUGGAUGCCCACCACCAAAAUCCGUAGCACAUGGUUACAUCGCAUUGAACAUUUCCUCGAACGCCGAUAAAAUAAACAAGACUUCAAUCGGUCCUGAACUCGAAAUGCAUAUGGAUGAUUACUUGAAGGAUAGUUAUUUUUAUGGUGACAUAGUUGGUCUGUCAUGUCAUUCGGGUUACAAAUUUCAAGGAAAUCACAAUCUCGUGGCAGAAUUCCGAUUACAGUGUUCCACUAGUGGUUCCUGGAUUGGUUUUGUUCCUGACUGUGUUCCUUUGCAAUGUCCAUGGCCUGAGGUAGUCAAGAACGCCAAAAUAUUUCUGAUCACUGAAAAUGUUACUUUGGAAAUUCCAUAUGCAACAGAGCAGGCAAAUUCAUUACUGAAUAAAAGCUCAUUGAUAUCAUCCAAGGUGGAAACAGAACCUUCUGUAAAUUUGAAUGGAACUUUAAAUAAGACAUUGAAUGACACAGAGAAUUUACAAUUGGAGAAGAUGGAGCCUUUUGAGAUAUUGAAUAAGAAAUUUAGUUUUGGGUCUAAGAUUUCCACCGUUUGUAACAUUGGAUACGAACUAAAGGGAUCUCGUAUAAAGACUUGUAUGGAUACUGAAAAAUGGUCAGAUGAUGAAUCACAUUGUGAAUUAAGAAAAUGCUCUGUAACGUAUCAUCCUAUUAUUAGAUCUUUUCGUGGACGAAUGAAUGAAUUGAAGAUCAAUAAUGGGGAACAAACUUUUAAGAGUGAUGAGGAUUUUGAGAAAAAUUGGGAAAAUUUAAGAAACACGCAAGGUUCAUUUCAUAAUAUUUCAUUUGAAAGCGAGGGUAAUAACUUUGGUGAAAAAACAAUUUUCAAAUGUGUAAAUAACACUGUAGUUAACUUGCAAAGUAUAAACAUUACGGAUGCACCAUCCAAUUUGACUUGGAUAUGUAAUGAACGAGGCGCAUGGAAUCUCUCAAAUCUUCAAUUGAAUGAAAUUCAAUUAAAAAAUAUUUUUAAUGAAAAUAUUUAUGACAUUUGCAAGGAAGCUUCAUGCAAACAGCCAAAGCCUCCUGCCAACGGCUAUAUAAAUAACGAGAGUGCAAUUAGCAAUAGUGACACAGCGUCAACAAAAGUAAACGACGAGGUGAAAUUUAAAUGUCGUCAUGGUUAUAUUCUUCAGGGUAACGAAAGUUCAAAGUGCCUUUCGAACGGCACGUGGAGCCAUAUUCCAAUAUGCAAACCCGUUAUCUGCGGUAAGCCACCCUCACCAUUAAAUACCGUAAUAAAUGGCAAUACUGAAAAUGUUACGUACGUUUUUGGAAAUAUGGUCUCCUACGGCUGUUUACAAGGAUACAAGAUAUUUGGACAUGGUUAUGCACGAUGUCUCGCCAAUGGAAAAUGGUCAAGGAUGCAUGGCAAAUGUUCCAAGAUAUCAUGUGGCAAGCCUACGAUUCUUCCUGGCAUCACAGUGACUGGUCAAUCUUAUUUGUAUCAAGCCAAACUUACCUAUGUUUGUCCCGACGGAAAGCAAAAAGGUGAAAUAACUUGUGCGAGUAACGGCAAGUGGAGUGAUAUGCCGGUUUGUGAGAAAAGUUUAAAGUGAGAAAAAAAGAAAAGUUGUCAUUAUAGAAUAAUGUUUUUUCUCUCAAGGCAUAAAAUCAACGAGAAGUUGGUUUCCUAUAAUUAAGCAGUUCCGUUAUUAAAAUCAAGUAGAAAUAACAUAGAAUUUUAUUAUAAAUAUUAUCAUAUCUUUCUUCGUUUCAUUGACUUUGAUACAUGCGUCAUGUGAAUCUAUUAGUGAGAUAUGACACAACGAUGAUAUACUCUCAAUUACAAAUAAUUCGUGAUUAAAUGUAACACUCGUAUGCUACAACUGA